CCGGCGCGCACACACACACGCGCCCUCACCCGCCACCGCCGCCACCGCCGCGGCCGCCGCCGCACCAGGACAGCGAGCGGCUGAGGCCGGCAGGGGCCGAGGGGAGCCGGCCGAGGGGCUGGCGGCAGGGCCGGCCGGCUCGCCGACCCGGGCAGCGUCCGCCUGCCCCAGCCAACACCCUUGCUCCACUCCAGGGUGACCUCUUUGCAAAGUCUUGCUUCAGUUGGACAGAGGGGGAGACUGUGGAAGAGAGGAGACAGUGGAGAGCACAAGUUUGGGAAAAGACCUGCCCAGGAGUGGGGACUCGGAGGAGAAACCGAGGUGCUUCUCUGCUUCCAGCCAGACCCUCUCUGAGCUGGGCUGAGGCUCCCCUUCUGAUUCCUUCCUCUGUCCGCGAUGCUCACCAUGAAGACACUGGCCAGGAGGAAGCCACACCUGCUGCUGCUGCUGCUGCUGGCCACCAUGGCCCUUGUCACCUCUCCAGCUUGGAGUUUGACCCAGGGAUCCCCGGCCACCUUUGGGCCUGUCUUUGAAGACCAGCCCGUUGGCCUCCUAUUCCCAGAGGAAUCAACGGAGGAGCAGGUGACACUGGCUUGCCGUGCCCGGGCCAGCCCUCCAGCCACCUAUAGGUGGAAGAUGAAUGGCACAGAGAUGAAGCUGGAACCAGGUUCCCGACACCAGCUGGUGGGGGGCAACCUGGUCAUCAUGAACCCCACCAAGGCACAGGACGCCGGAGUCUAUCAGUGCCUGGCCUCAAACCCAGUGGGCACUGUGGUCAGCAGGGAGGCCAUCCUCCGCUUUGGCUUUCUGCAGGAGUUCUCCAAGGAGGAGCGAGACCCUGUGAAAACCCACGAGGGCUGGGGGGUGAUGCUGCCCUGUAACCCACCUGCCCACUACCCAGGCUUGUCCUACCGCUGGCUCCUCAACGAGUUCCCCAACUUCAUCCCGACGGACGGGCGUCACUUCGUGUCCCAGACCACAGGGAACCUGUACAUUGCCCGGACCAACGCCUCGGACCUGGGCAACUACUCCUGCCUGGCCACCAGCCACAUGGAUUUCUCCACCAAGAGUGUCUUCAGCAAGUUCGCUCAGCUCAACCUGGCUGCUGAAGAUCCCCGGCUCUUCGCGCCCAGCAUCAAGGCCCGGUUCCCGGCAGAGACCUACGCUCUAGCGGGCCAGCAGGUCACUCUGGAGUGCUUCGCCUUUGGGAAUCCUGUGCCCAGGAUCAAGUGGCGCAAAGUGGACGGCUCCUUGUCCCCGCAGUGGGCCACAGCCGAGCCCACCCUGCAGAUCCCCAGCGUGAGCUUUGAGGACGAGGGAACGUAUGAGUGUGAGGCGGAGAACGCCAAGGGCCGCGACACCGUGCAGGGCCGCAUCAUCGUGCAGGCUCAACCCGAGUGGCUCAAGGUGAUCUCAGACACAGAAGCUGACAUCGGCUCCAACCUGCGCUGGGGCUGUGCGGCCGCCGGGAAGCCCCGACCCACAGUGCGCUGGCUGAGGAAUGGGGAGCCUUUGGCCUCCCAGAACCGGGUGGAAGUGUCGGCUGGGGACCUGCGGUUCUCCAAGCUGAGCCUGGAGGACUCGGGCAUGUACCAGUGUGUGGCUGAGAACAAACACGGCACCAUCUAUGCCAGCGCUGAGCUGGCCGUGCAAGCAUUGGCCCCUGACUUCAGGCAGAAUCCCGUGAGACGUCUGAUCCCCGCCGCUCGCGGGGGAGAGAUUGUCAUUCCCUGCCAGCCGCGGGCCGCCCCCAAGGCCGUGGUGCUCUGGAGCAAAGGCACUGAGAUUUUGGUCAACAGCAGCAGAGUGAUAGUAACUCCGGAUGGCACCUUGAUCAUAAGGAACAUCAGUCGGUCAGAUGAGGGCAAAUACACGUGCUUCGCUGAGAACUUCAUGGGCAAAGCCAACAGCACUGGAAUCCUGUCUGUGCGCGAUGCGACCAAGAUCACUCUGGCCCCCUCAAGUGCUGACAUCAACUUGGGUGACAACCUAACCCUGCAGUGCCAUGCCUCCCAUGACCCCACCAUGGACCUCACAUUCACCUGGACCCUUGAUGACUUCCCCAUCGACUUUGACAAGCCUGGGGGUCACUACCGGAGAGCCAGUGUGAAGGAAACUGUUGGGGACAUGACCAUCCUGAAUGCCCAGCUGCGCCACGGCGGGAAGUACACGUGCAUGGCCCAGACAGUGGUGGACAGUGCCUCUAAGGAGGCCACCGUUCUGGUCCGAGGUCCGCCAGGCCCCCCGGGAGGUGUGGUGGUGAGAGACAUCGGUGAUACCACUGUCCAGCUAAGCUGGAGCCGUGGCUUUGACAACCACAGCCCCAUUGCCAAGUACACCCUGCAGGCUCGCUCUCUACCUGCCGGGAAGUGGAAGCAGGUUCGGACCAAUCCUGCCAAUAUCGAAGGCAACGCCGAGACCGCCCAGGUGCUGGGCCUCACGCCCUGGAUGGACUAUGAGUUCCGAGUCUUAGCCAGCAACAUCCUGGGCACCGGGGAGCCCAGUGGGCCCUCCAGCAGAAUCCGGACCAAGGAAGCAGCCCCCUCAGUGGCACCCUCAGGACUCAGCGGAGGAGGUGGAGCCCCCGGAGAGCUCAUCGUCAACUGGACUCCCAUGUCACGCGAGUACCAGAACGGAGACGGCUUCGGCUACCUGCUGUCCUUCCGCAGGCAGGGCAGCACUGGCUGGCAGACCGCCCGGGUGCCCGGCGCCGACGCGCAGUACUUCGUCUACAGCAAUGACAGCGUCCAGCCCUACACGCCCUUCGAGGUCAAAAUCCGCAGCUACAACCGCCGCGGGGAAGGGCCCGAGAGCCUCACGGCGCUCGUGUACUCGGCUGAGGAAGAGCCCAGGGUGGCCCCUACCAAGGUCUGGGCCAAGGGGGUCUCAUCAUCAGAGAUGAAUGUGACCUGGGAACCUGUGCAGCAGGACACGAAUGGCAUCCUCCUGGGGUACGAGAUCCGCUACUGGAAAGCUGGAGACAAAGAAGCAGCUGCUGACAGAGUGAGGACGGCAGGGCUGGACUCUAGUGCCCGAGUCACUGGCCUCCACCCCAACACCAAGUACCACGUGACCGUGCGGGCCUAUAACCGAGCUGGCACUGGGCCUGCCAGUCCUCCUGCCAAUGCCACAACCAUGAAACCCCCUCCCCGGCGACCUCCUGGCAACAUCUCCUGGACGUUCUCAAGUUCCAGUCUUAGCAUUAAGUGGGAUGCUGUGGUCCCUUUCCAAAAUGAGUCUGCAGUCACUGGCUAUAAGAUGCUGUACCAGAAUGACUUACACCCGACUCCCACACUCCACCUUACUGGCAAGAACUGGAUAGAAAUCCCGGUACCCGAAGACAUUGGCCACGCCCUCGUACAGAUUCGGACCACGGGACCCGGAGGGGAUGGGAUUCCGGCAGAAGUGCACAUCGUCAGGAAUGGAGGCACGAGCAUGAUGGUGGAGGACGCGGCAGUGUGCCCAGCCCCACAGCCCAGCGCCAUCCUCUCCCACUCGGCGGCGAUGCUGAUCCUCAUUGGCUACCUGGAGCUCUGAGCUCAGUGCUCCUCCUGCAGCAGAACUAGAACCCACCUCUGAUGGACACAGCCAGCUGGCCCCUGCCCUUUCCCAUGCCAAGGUGGCCGGACACUGUGGUUGGUUUUAAACACCCACUUGAAACAGCACCCUUUGCGCAGGAGGUGGGGUAGUUCAGAUUCUGCCACAGGACAGAACCGUGGAGGAUUUUUUUCUUUAAAUCAAGAUGAACUAGGCAGCGACUUCCAUGAGGAUACUGAACCCAACACUGGGCCUCUACAGGUCCUGGAUGGAAGACGCAAGCCCAUGGGAAGAAGGGGGUUUAAUGUGUAUUUUCAAAUGGCAAGAGAUGGCAUUCUGAGUCCGCACAGAGACUCUGUCACCUGAGAGCAGAGUCCUGGGUCCUGUGAGAACACUGGGCAGGACCGGGCUAAGGAAAUGGGACAAAGCAUAAACAUCGACCUCCCUCAACCAAGGAGAGGACGAACCCUGGGACCAAGACCUCUUCUCGUCCUCCUGCUGAGCAGUAACACAGCUGGACCCUGGCGUUGUCCUCCAUGACGCCCUAGCAGCCCCUGCCUGCCUGGGCGGCUGAGAACUCUCGCCUUGCUGCUGGGGUGGGACGCCUGGACCCCUUCAGCAUUGAGGGAUGGGACUCCAGACUUCUGGGGCUGGGGGCUAAGAAGGGUUGGGAGGCUGGGACGCCUGGUGGAGUGGGGCACCAGCCUGAGCCUGAGGUACGGGCACCAUCUGGGCGACACUGCCCUCUCAGCCAACACUGCCAACCCAAGCCUGUCACCCUGAGUGACAGAGCCACCUUAGGUGGCUGGGACUAAAGGGCUCGUCUUGGGGAAGUCCCCCACCGAGACUUAUCCUGCACAGCCCCUCCAAGGUUAGGGCAGGAGACCCACAGGCGCUCACCUGCCCUUUCCCGCCAGCUCCGCCUGCAGACCUGUGGCCACCCCUCCCCCACUGCAGGCCCCAGACGCCCCGCCCCCCUCAGCGCAGCAGGCUUUCUCUGUCCUGGCCUCUGGAGGCUUCUGAGACAGGCGAGGAUCAGUGUGACCCUGCCUGCUCCUAGGAAAACCCUGACCGCCUGGACAGCCCCGCUCCCUAGACUGCCUGGACUGCUCUUUUGCAUUCCCCAGAAGAAAGAGGGGCUAAUAAAGGGGACAUCCCGCCGUGGGCUCAGGUGUGCUGCCAGUCAUGGACAGCAGAACUGGAAGAGGCCUGAGAGCUCAAGUUGUCCACACCCUGCCCUUCCCUGGUGAGGAACUGGAGGUCCAGAGAGGGUCAGGGACUUCCCUAAGUCACGAGGCCUAUAAGUAGAGGGGAUGGAACUAGAACUCAACUCUUCUACCUGCCUAUUCAAGGCUCUGUCUCUGCAGAAGGAGGAGGCAGUGCUGAACAGCUGUGGCCCAGUUAUGAAGGUGGUCAAGGCCAGUAGGGGGUGAACAGUCUGCGUCAAGGCUCCCAGUUGGUGACCAUGAGGAUUGCAUAGCUGGACCCAGCUCAAGGCAUGGAUAUCCCACGAGAUGUCCCAGCCUUCCUUGCCUUCUGAGCCUGGCUUCUGCUGGGGACUCGACGUGCAGUACCGACUUGAAGUCCCGACCCCUUACCCUUGCUCCGAGAAGAGACCAAAGCAAGGACAGAGUCCCUGCAUCCAGGCAGCAGUGGCAAUGCAACCAGGAAACCCCAAGGCCUGCGCUCUGCCAGGGGACCCUCACUUCUGGGAGCAGUGUGACAGGCAUCUUGAAGGGCACUUGCCCCUGAAGCUCCCUGGGCCAGUUUUCUGUAGUUUACAGUUAGAGCUCUAUUUUGUUAUGGUUUUUUAAACUUUUAAGUCCUGCUCUAUUUUCCUGGGCAGGUUUAUGUUGAUGUUUACCCAGUACAAUUUUUUUAAAAAUGUCAACUCACACACCUUCUCCCUGCCACCCCCACACCCAACUCCCCGCAGCAUAGGACUGCGAGGGCUACGGGCUUAGCUCAGCAACCAUUCUCCCUCACGGGGACCCCAAAUUUGGCCUAGCAUCUCUUUGUGCCCUGCUGGCUAUGAUUUGGCCUGUGCCCAGUUCUUCAUCAGAAAGGGGACACUGAAAUAAGCUUCCCCAAGGUUUAUCUGAUUCUUUCCUCACUGCUUGAGGCUGCAGCAGGGGAGACAGGGAGCCUAGUUGUUGGGACAGUAUGAGCUGCUUUGGCGCGGGACCUAACCAGGGAAGCAGCUUGAAGGAGAACUCACCGUCAAGUACCUUACUUCUAAUGAGGUCCGUUAGAAAGACGUGGAGGGUGCCUGCUUGGGAAACCCAGCAAGGUUUUGUUUUGUUUUGUUUUGUUUUAUACCAGGAAAACCUGACUGCUACACAGGCAGAAUUUGCUUGAGGGACAGAGCCAUAGAACUAUAUUAUAGCAGAUGUUUCUGCAGCGUGAGACUUCAUGUGACUGAGGUUGCAGGCUUGUAAAAUGGAAUAGCCUCUUGCUGGGGUGGCUUGGAGGAACAGACUAGAUCAGGCAGCUUCCCAGAGUCCCUUCCUGCCUGAGGGGCCUCUGAUUUUUGUCUUCUCUGCUUGGAUGGGCUGGGGGAGCUGAAGGGGGUUCAUCCUGCUGCAGUCCUGACUCAAUUCUGGAUUCCUUUCUCUCACACACUGAGCCCCAGAGAGAGGAAGCAGCCGGGGGGCAGCUACAAACAAGCAUUUUGCUGCCCCACAGCUUAAUGGCGAGUAAAUGCCCUGAGAACUAGGGCCAACCAGCCAGAUGGCUCUUCAGGGCUGGGGAGACAGGCACCAGCUGUUUGGUGAGCACUGGGGCUCAGGCAACAGCACUCUGUCCUUUGGCCUACAGGGUGGGAGCUCUCUGCGUCUGCGCGCGGAGGUGAGGGCUUGCAGGUCAGCUUCAACUUUCCUUCAGGGCAGCAAAUCCUAGGUGAUGCCAGGGAGCAGCAAGGCCAGGGGGGCAGGGGGUGGGGGAUUUUUUCUUUUCUUUAAUAAAAUAACAGGAGAGACUCAAGUUAGACAUCAGAAGAAGCUUCUGCCAUGAGACCCUGGAAUAAGCAAGCAGUUAUUUCUCUAGGGACCUUGGAGGAAUUUCGAGUGUUGUGUAGUCUAGGUUAGGUGAAGCUGUGACUGGAAGGACAGAGACUCUGCUGUCCUUCCAGAGCUGAGACUCUUAGAAUCAAAGCAUAGGAAGAUGCUGUCUGUUGUGGUUCUUGUGUCUUAAAGGAAGCCAUUAAGGAGCAACGGUCACCCAGAAGUUGUGGUGGCAACCCAGUGCCUUCCCCAGCAUGCACUGCCCCUUGGCAGUCCCCAAAGCCAUCCAGCCUGCACUCUGGGCAAGAGCCCAAGGUGGCUAAAGAUGUUUUCCUCCUUUCUUCCUGGUGUCAAACUGAGAUCACUAAUGGGGUUCCUGCUCAUCACAGGUGUAGUACCCGUGGCACAGGUGUGAUGUUUGUCUCCCCAGCUCAGACGAACCUGGGCUAAGGACUCCUGGAGUAGUUUGGGGUGAUCAGAUGGGCAUUCUUUUCUAAGGGACUUCAAAGAGCUCCGUGGACAUGGGUACCUAGGAGCCAGUGGGGAGGAGGGGCAGUGCCCCACAGACUUGUAUAUAAUGGUCAUAGGCUUUGGGAAGGCAGGGCCAUAAGGAAAAUUGGAGAGGAACAAGAUGGGUCAGAUUUGCCCAGAGUCCCAGGCGGCCCCAGGCCUAAGGCACUCAGUGCCCUUGGAUGGGGUGCAUCCUGCCUUGGCCCAAGGUGCCUCCAACUUGCCACCUGCUUCAGGGCCUGCCCAGCUUAGAGAAGCUCAGGGCUUGGCAAAUGCUAGGGCCUCACAGACCACUGACCUGACAGCUUAUGUUCAAAUGGAGCCACUCCCGCCGGCCCACCGUCCGCUCUUGUACUUCUUGUAUGGUUGUUAUUUAUUGACUCUGGUAGCAGGCAGUUCUUAAAUAAAGCUGGUUUCUCAACCUGU